AUGUCAAAUUAUUUUCUAGACAGAAUCUGAACCUCUGUUUCUCUCUCUCUCUCUCUUCCUCUCCCUGUCUUUCUCUCUCUCUCAUUUACUUUUAACAUGGAAUUCAAAAAGCAUGAAAAAAGAAGCUUACUAAACAAGAAUUUAGAGGAGAAACUGACGGUCUCUCCUGGUGAUUCGGAAGCCAAACCUCUGAUCUUCACAUUUGUCCCCACUGUCAGAAGACUACCAACCCACACUCAGUUGGCUGACACCUCUAAAUUCCUUGUUAAAAUUCCUGAAGAACCAAGUGAUAAGAGUCCAGACACUGUAAAUAGGUCUAAUUCCGAUGACUACUUGACCUUGAAUGCUGGAAGACAAGAGAGAGACCAAGGGACAUUGACUUAUCCUUCAGAGGUCAGUGGAAAGAUUUCACAAGAAAGGGGAUUUAAAGCAAGCGAACCUCAAGGAAUGCAGCAAAGUGACCUCUUCAAAGCUGAGUAUGUCCUUAUUGUGGACUCUGAAGGGGAAGAUGAAGCUACAAGUAAAAAAGGUGAACAAGGCCCCUCAGGGGAGACAAGCACCGCAGUUGUCCGACCCAAGUCUCUAGCAAUCUCCUCCAGUCUGGUCUCUGAUGUGGUGCGUCCCAAAACACGGGGGGCUGAACCCAAGGCCUCAUCACAUCCUGAAAUAGCUCAUGCAAUGGGCCCUCAGCAAAAGCAUGGGCAGUUAACUUCUUCUCCCACUGCCUCUGAGCAGCUUGCCUGUAAAACACCUGCUCUCUCCUUUGUUUCUCCAACUAACCAGAAAACACCACCUGACCCAGGUUACCUCGACGGAGCCUCUGUGCAGGAGGAGUUCCACACGAGGAGGCUGGAUGUCAGUGGGGCCCUGGUGGAAGAAACAGCUACGUAUUUUCACACCACUGCUUAUUCUUCACCCUUCUCUGCAUCGAAGGGCACCUCCUCGACGUUACCGUUUCCCCAUUCCACUCAACCAUCAGGUUCUGGUCUAUCUAGUCCAAGUGCAGCACAUCAGAAACCUGGACUGACAUCUGAAGUUCCGAAGAAGACGACAACUUUAACCUCGCAUGUCCUUAGUCCCAGAGAAAGUCCGAGAACCUCUUCUCCUUCACCAUCCUCGAGUGCUUCUCUGACGCCGCGUUCAGCCUCAUACAUACCAGUCCGUAUUGUCACGCAUUCUCUCUCUCCAAGUCCAAAACCACUGACCUCCUCUUUCCAUGGCUCUUCUUCCACUGUCUGCAGCCAAAUGUCAUCUAGUGGGAAUCUUUCAAAGUCAGGGGUAAGAUCCCCAGUGCCCUCUAGGCUUUCUCUUCUCACGGCUAUUCUCAAGUCAAACCCUUCUCAUCAAAGACCUUUUUCCCCUGCCUCCUGUCCCACCUUCUCUCUCAACUCCCCGGCCUCUUCCACGCUCACCCUAGAACAAAAAGUAAAGCAAACCCCACCCACGCCUAAAAAAUCCCUCUCAAGUUGCUCCCUGACAGCCGGAUCCCCAGAUCAGGGAGAGCACCAAGUCUCUGAGCUGACCCAGCCAUCCUUUCACCUACCCAUUUUCACCAAGUCUACUCCCCUUUCUCAGGUGCCCUCCCUCUCUCCUACAAAACACGUUAGUAGCAGCCUUGUUUCUUCGAGUGCAGAGAAAACAGCAUCACCCACUUCCUUGAAGAGCAAUAGUACAACACUCUCCCUGCUACAAACCAGCACAUCGAGUUCUGCAGGUCUUCCUCCUGUUCCACCAAGCUUUGCUCUCUCUUCUUCAAAGGCCAAACAGGAUGGUGACCUCAGGGGUCCAGAAAAGCCCAGGAAUAUUUACACACACCUUUCUACCUUAGCCUCCCCUGUACUAUCUUCUGUAUCUCCUUCUAUUAAUCAAAGAGCCACGCUGUCCUCUCCAGAGAAAUGUUUCCAUCCUUCCCCAGCUCUUUCAAACCUGAUAAACAGAUCCAAAGGAGCAUCAUCUCAAGUAUCUGGCCAGGGGCUGAAGCUUCCAGCUGUUCCUUCACCCCCUAUCUCCAGCGCUAGCUCUGCCUCUCUUCCCAACUUGAGGUCCUCUUCUCUCCCUCGUGCUAAUCUGCACACCCAGGAGCUCCUGCUCAGUCCCUCAGCACUGCACCCAAGCUGUGGCAGUGGUACCUUGCCUCCAAGACUUGGGAUAUCUGAAAGCACAAUAUCCAGCCACAGGUCACCUGUUUCGACCCCAUCACUUCCCAUCUCUCUAACAAGAACCAAGGAGCUGAUUUCACCUUGUGCAUUGUCCAUGUCAACAGGCCCUGAAAAUAACAAACCCAAGCAAUACAAGAUCAAGUCAAGCUACAAGGCUUUUGCUGCAAUCCCUACAAACACAUUGCUUUUGGAACAGAAGGCACUAGAUGAACCAGCCAAGACUGAAAGUGUCUCGAAGGACAACACAUUAGACCUACCUGUGGAGUUGUGUUUUCCUGCACAGCUCAGGCAGCAAACUGAAGAGGUCUGUGCUACCAUUGAUAAGGUCUUACAGGAUUCCUUGUCUAUGCAUUCUUCUGAUUCUCCUUCAAGGUCCCCACAGACAUUGUUGAGUUCUGACACAAUCAAAACGCCUACAACCCUUCCAAGAGCAGCUGGUCGAGAAACCAAAUACGCAAAUCUCUCUUCACCGUCCUCUAUGGUAUCUGACAGUCAACUGACUAAGCCUGGAGUAAUUCGCCCAGUGCCAGUAAGAUCGAAAAUAUUACUGAAAAAAGAAGAGGAAGUCUAUGAACCCAACCCUUUCAGUAAAUACCUGGAAGAUAGCAGCAAUCUCUUUUUUGAGCAGGAUGUGACAGUCUCUCACAAGCCUGUUUCUCUGCAUCCUUUAUAUCAGACUAAACUCUAUCCUCCUGCUAAGUUCCUGCUGCACCCACAGACCCUGUCACAUGGCGACUGCCUUACCCCAGGACCCUUCACUCACUUGUCCUCCUUCUCACUGAGUGAUGAACAGGAGAAUUCUCACAACAUCGUUAGUCACACCACGUAUAAUAAGCUGAGUCAUCCAAUGGUGGCUAUUCCUGAACAUGAAACUCUUGAUUCCAAAGAGCAGUGAUGUUGGAGCAGAAGCUGAAAACACAGUCUGCUGAAAUUUUUGGAGUGCUGGUGCUAACCACUUGCUAGAUUUAACUUUUACUGUUUUUGAAAAUGAGUGCUCCCUUUAUGAACUGCAGUGCAGCAGAAGAACUAAAAAAAGUUUGCUGCAGGCAUCUAGCACCACAGUACCCUACUAAUGCCCAGCAUAGGAGAGAUUUAUCUACAGCUUCUUGCACCACUGUCCAAGCCUUUAAUGCCUUCUAUUAAGCUGACAGCAAUACUAAUGUGCCCCUAUAUUUAGUGGUCAAAUAAAGAAAAAUCAUAGGUAAAUAGAAGAA